AUGGAUCAUGCUCAAAUUUGGAAAAUUUGCUUGAUUACUGGAAUUAUUCUAUUAUUAGUUGCUUUUAUUCUUGGAUGGAUCGGUUUUGGUGUACCUGAUUGGCAGAGUUUUCAACUUUAUACUGGUUCUGUUGUAGAAUAUUAUGGUCUAUGGGCUUAUUGUCAAGAACAAACUGUAACAUAUGGUACAGUUUGCAAUCGUUGGUAUAGAGCUGAAACUCAAUUAUUUAAUGGAACUCGUCCAACUUUUAUUUCUACUUCUGAAGGUCUUAUAACCGUUGGAAUGAUACUUCUUUCAUUGGGUCUCGUAGUUGCAAUACUUGCUACAAUUUUACCUCUUCUUGGUUAUGUAGCUUCAUUGAUCGCACUUAUUUCAUUUGUUUUUCUUGUUAUUGGUUUACCAAUAUUUGGUCAAGACUCGAAUAAUUUAUCUAGAGCACGAGGUGAUGUAACAUAUAAUAAACGUUAUGGAUUUUGGCUUAUGGUACCAACUAUUGUUCUUGAAUUUCUUGCAAUGCUUCUCUUUCUAGCUGCUGCUUUCCUUUAUCAACGUUAUGGUUAUGGUAAUAUAUUCACAGAUUCUGAUACAGGAGUGAAGAGUGGUUGGCAGGUACUUGGACAGCCUAAUAUGCUAGUCGGACCACCUCCGAGAGGUUUACCAUAUGGAAUGGGAUUACCUCCGAUGAAUUUACCGCAUGGAAUGGGAUUACCUCCGAUGAAUUUACCACAUGGAAUGAGAUUACCUGCACCAUUUAAUCAUGAUGGUUUUCCUCCUGCUCCAUAUCCAUAUUCGGCACCGCAUAACCAAGUAGUGCCGUCUUUACUUUCACAAUAUUGUAAUUCACAGUUAUCAAGGCCCCUUGGACCUCUUUUAGCACGAAGUAUCACUGUGAGUACACUUCCACAACCAUGUGUUACUCGAGCUAUAGCAUCACAACCAAUACCUAAUGUAUUACCAGAUUAUUGUCGAACUUGUGAACCAGUUGAACCACCUUGUAGAUCAAUUAUAAAUUGUACUGGACGAACACUUGUUGGUCCUCUUAUGCGUACUUGUUGA